UCUCCCGAGGGGCAGUCGUUGGCGCGUCGGCUUGCUGCGGACCAGCGCUGCGACCAUGUACUGGCGCCGCGCUGCUUUGGCGGGGACACGGCUGGUCCGGAGGGUGAGCGGCUCCACGGGGCGGUUUGGAGGGGCCCCGGGAGCUCCGGCCUCUGGGAUGGGGAACCACACGUCAUCUUCUUUGGAGAACACAGCAGCUGCUCCCGUGAAUCAGAUCCAAGAAACAAUUUCUAAUAACUGUGUGGUGAUUUUCUCCAAAACAUCUUGUUCUUACUGUACCAUGGCAAAAAAGCUUUUCCAUGACAUGAAUGUUAGCUAUAAAGUGGUGGAGCUGGACCUGCUUGAAUACGGAAGCCAGUUUCAAGACGCUCUUUGCACAAUGACAGGUGACAGGACUGUGCCAAGAAUAUUUGUCAAUGGAACUUUUAUUGGAGGCGCAAUGGACACUCAUAGGCUUCACCAAGAAGGGAAACUGCUUCCACUAGUUCACCAGUGUUAUUUAAAAAAAAGUAAGAGGAAAGAAUUUUAGUGAUAGAGGUGCUUACAACUUUGCUGGUAAAAUGUUGGUGGUAGGUUUUAAGUGACAAUGUCUGAUAAUGCCUUUUACAUAUUUGGUAGUGUUUUAAAAAUAGGAAUUAUCUUCUUGAAAAAGUCAUAAAAAUAAUGAGCAAUAAAUCACGGUGGAAACCUUC